AUGGUGACCCUUCCAUAUCAUAUAACCAUCAACCAAGUUGGGUCCAAGACCCCAAUUCCUUUCAAAUCCUCGAGCCAUUCCGAAUGGAAUCACAAUGACGGAAUUACAAUGCAAGAACUCAUAGAUAACUAUUCACCUGAAUUCUCUCAGGAUGCAAAGGGCUCACUCUACAAACCUCUAAUCCACGGUAAUUUACAAACCGCAUACACCGCAUUAAAUUUCGAUGGGAUCCAUCAUGUUAAUUUCCAUCGUCAUAUGCUACAUUAUUCUGAUGGCGGAAUUGGUGCAUUGGAUAUAUCUGUAUCUCCUGAGGUAUUCCAAGAAGAACUAGAUCUGACCUAUAUUCCUGAGACACAGCAACAGUUUCCGGAACCGUUAGAUCAAUUCUACUCUUAUAUUAGACCGGAUCAUCAUUCCUUAUCUUCCAUGGAUGAGAAACCAAUGAUGAUUAUCUUACAUGGGGUGACUGGUGGAUCCUGGGCAAGCUACGGAAGACCACUUAUCCUUGAAUUGAUGAACAAGCGUGGGUUUGAAUGCUGUGUGUUGAAUAAUAGAGGUUGUAAUUAUUCCAAGAUCACCACUCCACAAUUAUAUAAUGGUGGUUGGACUAAUGAUGUUCGCCAUAUGGUGAAGGAAUUGAGAAAAAUGUAUCCCAAGAGGAAGUUUUAUAUGGUUGGUUUCUCACUGGGUGCCACUAUUAUGGUUAAUUACCUAGGUGAGGAAGGUGAUAACUCCGAUAUUGAAUGUGGUAUUGCCUUGGGUAAUCCAUGGGAUAUGGUUCAUUCAACGUUUUUCGUCAAUAACACUUUCAUAGGUUCCAAAGUAUAUGCCCCCACUGUUGCUAAGAAUUUAGCCAAUAUUGCGAAGGAUCAUUUGAAUAUAUUAACUCAAAAUGAAUCGUUAAAAGAGAUUUAUGAGACGAAACUGUAUAAAUUCGCCAAUUUUGAAGAGUUUGAUGAUCAGUUAACCGCUCCGAUGUUUGGAUAUAAUACAGCAAAUGAAUAUUAUAGAGACGCAGGUUCCGUCAACAGAAUAAUGGGUGUCAGAACACCAAUAUUAGCCCUUAACUCGAUGGAUGAUCCAGUUAUUGGCGCUGACGCCCUACCAGUUAAAGAAAUUGCCCUGAAUCCUUAUAUUCUGUUAUUGGAAACAAGUAUUGGAGGACAUGUCGCGUGGUUCCUUGAUGGGUAUGGCAAUAGAUGGUACACUGAACCUAUUGGUAGAUUUUUAGAGGCUUUCCAUAAGGAGGUCGUAUCAAAAGCCCUAAAACCAGAUCUAAGUAAAAUUUGUUUACCUAUCAACAACUCUAGACCUGUGAAGACAACAUAUCGCCAGUAA